ACUCUCAACAUGGAGAGUGGAGCGGGGAAGCACUGGACUGAGGAGGAGGUUAAAGCCUUGCUAAGCAUCUGGUCGGAGAAGAGCAUCAGGAAGCAGCUCCACGGCACCCUGAGGAAUAAAGGAAUAUUCAUCUACAUUGCCAAAAGGCUGCAGGAGUUAGGAGUUUGUAGAGAUUGGAAACAGUGCCGGGCAAAGUACAAAAACCUGAAGUAUGAAUACAGAACGGUUAAAUACGCCCGCAACUCCGGGGACGCCACUAAAACCAUGAAGUUUUUUCACGACCUGGAUGCCAUACUGCGAUGCGAACCUGUCGCACACUUGGCCGAGGGGAACGGCAGGUGCUCCUCCACCGAGGCGCGGCUCAACGCCAGCCCCACCGCAGACAGCAGCCAAGGUGAAUUAUCAGUUUCUUUAGAAGACGAUGAGGAUGCUCCAGGAGACCCACUACUUUUUAUGUCACAUGUCAGACCAGUUCAACUAGGUAAUCCACCGCCAGCAGUAGAGGCUUCCAAAACACCGGCUUUCAUUCCAACAGUAGCAAAUGAAGGAGGAAAACACUGGACUGUUAAUGAAGUCAGAGCUCUGAUACACAUAUGGUCAGACAAAAAUAUCCAGCAACAACUGGAGGGGACAGUGAGAAAUAAAAGGAUAUUUGAACAGGUUGCUGCUAGACUUCAAAAGUUCGGAAUUGACAGGGACUGGAAGCAGUGCAGGACAAAAUAUAAAAAUCUGAAACAUGAAUACAAGAGCAUAAAAAAUGGCCAAGACUCAGGGAGUACAAGUAGAAGCAUGAAAUUUUUUAAUGAACUGGAUGCUAUUCUGGGGCACAGUACCAUGGAACAAGCAAGUAAAUCAGAUAAUGAGGAAAGUGAGAGGCCUCCAGAGUGGACAGAAGCAAAAUCAGGAAAGGACUCCAUAGAAAUACCUGGAGACACAGGUGAAGAGGACUCUGUUAGUAAUUUGUCUGAAGACCUACAGGUUGCAGAUAUAAAGAAAGUUUCUGACUCAGAAAUCGCUGAAGAUGAGGAGGACUUCAGCAAUUCCACCCUGGCAGCUCUGGAAGCUACACAAAUAAAGAAGGAGACAAUUGAUAUAGAUGAUGAUUCUAUAAGCUCUACCUCAGAAGACAGAUCAUGUACGCCACUAGCAAAACAGAUAGUUGGGACAGAUAAUCAUAUCCCCUUGGAAGAAGCACAAAAUCACUUUAAAGUUAUUACAGUUAAUGAUACUGGAGCAGGAAAACACUGGAGUGACAAUGAAGUCAGAGCUCUGAUAAAUAUAUGGUCAGAUGAAAAGAUACAGCAAAUGCUUGAAGGGGCAACAAGAAAUAAAGAAAUAUUUGAGGAAAUUGCCAGACGGUUAAUGAAAUGUGGAAUAGACAGAGACUGGAAACAAUGUCGCACGAAGUACAAGAACCUAAAAUAUGAAUAUCGUGCACUGCAGAAAGAAAAUGAACAUCUUGGUAAUCCCAGGAGAAAAAUGAGAUUUUACGAUGAAGUUGACUGUAUCUUAAGAAGACAGCCUCUUGGUCCAUCAGGCUGGGGAUGUGAAAGUUCAAGCCUCCUAUCAGUUUCAGUGGGAGAUGUUACAGCAAACACAGGAUCCUUGGGUAUCAAGAGAAAAACAUGGAAUGAUGAGAUGUCACCCAUUCCACUUAAGAAAAGUGCUUCUGAAAACACCAUAUUCCAGUUUCAAAAACUAUUAACAGAGAGAGUGAACACAGUAACAGAAGGCAAAAAGUUACUGUUAGAAAGGCUUUGUAAGCAGGAAGAAAUGCAAGACCUCAACAGAACACAGCUGUAUGCACAUCCAUCAGCCAUGCAACAGGUGCCUGUCGCCGCCGCCGCUGUCGCCGCCAUGGCCCCCGCCGCCUCAGAACUGAAACUUGGUAAAAAAGUUAAUGAGGGUAAAACGAAAGAAGUGUAUGAGCUGCCGGAUAUCCCGGGAUGCGUUCUGAUGCAGUCCAAGGACCAAAUAACAGCGGGGAAUGCCGCUAGGAAGGACCGGAUGGAGGGGAAGGCUGCCAUCUCCAACACCACCACCAGCUGCGUGUUCCAGCUGCUGCAGGAAGCAGGAAUCAAAACGGCUUUUGUCAGGAAACAGAGUGACACAGCUUUCAUAGCAGCUCACUGUGAAAUGAUCCCAAUUGAAUGGGUCUGUAGAAGAAUUGCUACUGGCUCUUUCCUCAAAAGAAACCCUGGUGUCAAAGAAGGCUAUAAGUUCUACCCACCUAAAAUUGAGAUGUUUUACAAGGAUGAUGCCAAUAAUGAUCCACAGUGGUCUGAGGAGCAGCUAAUUGAAGCAAAAUUCUCUUUUGCUGGACUUACUAUUGGCAAGACUGAAGUGGAUAUUAUGGCUCGUUCUACUCAAGCUAUUUUUGAGAUCCUGGAAAAAUCAUGGCAGCCCCAAAACUGCACUCUGGUGGACCUGAAGAUUGAAUUUGGUGUUAAUAUUUUGACCAAAGAAAUUGUUCUUGCUGAUGUUAUUGAUAAUGAUUCAUGGAGACUGUGGCCAUCGGGAGACAGAAGCCAGCAGAAGGACAAACAGUCCUAUCGAGAUCUGAAGGAAGUGACUCCUGAAGCAUUGCAGAUGGUUAAGAGAAACUUUGAAUGGGUUGCAGAAAGAGUAGAGUUGCUUCUGAAAACAAAGAGCCAAGGUAGAGUUGUGGUAUUGAUGGGAUCUACUUCUGACCUUGGCCACUGUGAGAAAAUAAAGAAGGCAUGUGCAACCUUUGGAAUUCCUUGUGAGUUAAGAGUAACCUCCGCUCACAAAGGGCCAGAUGAAACUCUGAGGAUCAAAGCAGAAUAUGAAGGAGAUGGAAUCCCGACUGUGUUUGUUGCAGUAGCUGGCAGAAGCAAUGGUUUAGGGCCAGUAAUGUCUGGUAACACUGCUUACCCUGUUGUCAACUGUCCUCCCCUCUCAUCUGACUGGGGUGCUCAGGAUGUGUGGUCCUCUCUCAGACUGCCCAGUGGUCUUGGCUGUCCUACUACUCUGUCACCUGAAGGAGCUGCUCAGUUUGCUGCCCAGAUUUUUGGUUUAAACAACCACUUGGUAUGGGCCAAACUGCGAUCAAACAUGUUAAAUACAUGGAUCUCUUUGAAGCAGGCUGACAAAAAAUUGCGGGAGUGCACUUUGUAAGUCCAACCAACAAGUAACUCCUCCUCGCUACACAAAGAUAGUGGCGUGCAUAUGCAUUUGUAUCAGGAUUUGCAGUUGGAUGAUGUGAGACAUCUUUUCUUACAGAAGGAAGCAUCUUCAGAGCAGCAGCUGAGUCUGCUAUGUCCUCAUUCCUUUUCUUGUGUAUGUUUUUGGUUUUUUUUAGUAUAGCCACUUAGUAAAAGAUGAGAAGGUAAUAUUUUAGUUAUCUUUCUGUUGAUCCAAAAUAGUGCUGUUCUGCUCUUUAGUGUAUACUGUUAACUACUGAUGAUGGUUAUGUCAACACAAUGAUUGAUUUGGUGUGAUUUAAAUAGAAACCCCCUUUUUCUUCCCCCUGUAACAGUAACAUUCUUCCAUAGUAAUAAUCUAUGUCCUGAAGCUUAUUAACUCAAUGGGACUGCUAACUAAAACUAGUGCUGAUGUAGUGCUGUAAUAAUGGUAUGCUUUCUUUUAGCAAUAAAAUGGCAACAUAUGCUGUAUUAAUAAGAAAAUAGGCUAAGAAUGAGUAAAAGCCUGAAAGAAAUAACUGCCUUAUUUAAAAGAAAAACAUAUAUUUUUUCAUGUGUAUGUGUGUAUGUAUAUACACCCCAUCAGUAACUUUACCACAUCAUUUGAGUGAGUUAACAGUUCUCUUGUUUGUGAGAAGCUCUAAUUUUGAAUGGAACCAUAACUAGGCUUGUUGCCUACUUGCUGUAUAACUCUUGACUGGUCCAGUCUUUUGUCCUUCAAAUAGUAGACAGAUCUACUGUGUAUGUAUGUGAUGCUGUCAAAUUAUCCUCAUACACAUCAAUGUAUCUAUAUUCCCUCACUCUGUUUCUAUGGGAAUUAAACUGAACUGAAGGUGGGAAUAAACUGUAAAGCAACAGAAUACACGGGGCAAGCCUAAGCAUGACUGUCUUGUCUUUGCACACAACAUUCUUUAAAGUAGGUACUGAUUCCAAGAAAUAUGCAAUUACUCAAUGUAUGUACAAUUUAUGCUUUUAUAAUUAAAUAAACUAUUUAAUGCAAA